AUGGAAGGAUCCACAUCCAAACUUGGGUCAGAAGCGGCGAACUUCUUUGCCAGCCUCUUCUCUGCGUCUGUCACAACAGGAUCGACAAGUGAGGUAAGAUGAUGAUUCAAUAUCGGCUCAUCAAUCCCUCCGCCAUGCGAGGAAAUUGAAACGCCAUGUGUGUGAGGAAGUAAAGGCCUCAAAGUAACAUUCCGGCCGCUUCGAGGUUGGGUAUCCCUUUGUGUAGGCAGAUACUGGCAAUCGAGACGUCGAUUUACGCAUCGUGAGCAUGGGGUUGACAAGGAGCAGCGUGCUUUUGCGGCGCGGCACUGGGCGCAAGAUUUCGCCCGGCUCUUAG